CCCGCACCCGCGCGACACGGAGCCCAGGAGAAGCACGUCGUCUGCCGCGCCAGCAUGUCGGGCGUCGUCCUCCUCUCUCGGCUCUCCCUCGCCCGGGCGUCCCGACACCGGUGCCUGGGGCCCGCGAAGGCUGCGGCGGGGGCACAGUACCGACAGAACGGCUCCUUUCACUGUAUCGCGCCCAGAGAUGAGGCGAGAGCGGCGGUGGGCGACGGACGGGCGGCUGUCCUGGGGUCAGGUUCGAGAAAUUUCCUCCUGCCGGGGUCGUGGCGCCGAAGGACCUCCCUCCCCCUCAUGCCCAGGAGUGCCUUCGCUUCCGUGAUAUCUACACGAAGUUAUUGUGCACAACAAGGUGAUAACAGUGAGGGAGCUGGAGGUCCUCGACAUGAUGAAGAAGGUGUGGGUGAGGCAGCUGAGGGUCCAAUGAUGCACACCCUCCCAGCCACAAUGAUGGUGCCAGACGUUUGGCCAAGGGUGCCUGUCAUAGCCAUCAGCAGGCAUCCGGUGUUUCCCCGUUUCAUUAAGAUAAUUGAGAUAUCAGAUAAAGAACUCAUUGACCUCGUCCGAAGAAAGGUCCGUCUCAAUCAGCCAUAUGCAGGAGUCUUCAUGAAGAAAGAUGAGAGUGACGAGCGGGAGGUUGUUGAUAAGCUGACCGACUUGCAUCCAGUGGGGACCUUCGUUCAGAUCCAUGAACUUCAGGACAUGGGAGAAAAGCUGCGCAUGAUUGUAAUGGCUCACCGACGCAUCAACAUUACCUCGGUCCUUCAUGAUGAACCCCUUGAAGAGGAACAGUCUCUGGCUGAGACAGGAAAAAAAGAGGCGGCACCAGAGGCCCCAGCCAGCCCAGCACCAGAAAAAGUUGACGCAGCUACUCAGACGCCGGUGCAGCCACCUCGUGUGCUCAUGGUUGAGGUGGAGAACAUCAUUCACGACAAAUUUCAGAUAACAGAGGAAGUGAAGGCCCUGACCCAGGAAAUUAUCAAAACUAUUCGAGACAUCAUAGCCCUGAAUCCCCUUUACCGUGAAAGUGUACAGCAGAUGAUUCAGCACGGACAGCGUGUUGUAGACAACCCUGUUUACUUGGCUGAUUUGGCUGCCUCACUGACAUCAGCUAACUCUAUUGAACUGCAGCAGGUCCUGGAGGAAACUAAGAUCCCUGCAAGGUUGAUGCUGGCUCUGUCAUUGCUCAAGAAGGAAUAUGAGUUGAGCAAACUCCAGGCUUCUAUUGCGAAGGAAGUAGAAGAGAAGGUUCGAUCGCAGCACCGGAAGUACAUGUUGCAAGAGCAGCUGAAGGUUAUCAAGAAGGAGCUUGGCAUAGAGAAAGAAGACAAAGAUGCCAUUGAGGAAAAAUUCAGAGCAAGAUUAAAGGAUAAAGAAGUACCAAAAGCAGUCCAGGAUGUCAUAGAUGAAGAACUCAACAAACUUAGCUUUCUAGACAACCAUUCUUCUGAAUUUAAUGUUACAAGGAACUACCUCGAUUGGCUGACAAUGCUCCCAUGGGGCAUCACCUCGAAGGAGAACUUGGAGCUGAAGGAAGCUCACGAUAUCCUUGAUGAGGACCACUACGGCAUGCAGGAUGUGAAGAAAAGGAUCUUAGAGUUCAUUGCGGUUGCUCAACUUCGAGGAACCACUCAGGGAAAGAUUCUCUGCUUCUAUGGUCCACCAGGUGUUGGAAAGACGAGCAUAGCUCGGUCCAUUGCAAGAGCACUUAAUAGAGAAUACUUCAGGUUCAGUGUUGGUGGCAUGACAGACGUGGCAGAAAUCAAGGGCCAUCGGAGAACCUAUGUUGGGGCCAUGCCAGGAAAGAUGAUACAGUGCAUGAAGAAAACGAAAACAGAAAACCCAGUGGUGUUGAUUGACGAAGUGGACAAGAUUGGUCGAGGUUACCAGGGUGAUCCAUCAGCUGCUCUCUUGGAGCUUCUAGACCCUGAGCAGAAUGCCAACUUCCUUGACCAUUACUUGGAUGUCAGCGUUGAUCUGUCCAAGGUGUUGUUCAUCUGUACAGCCAAUGUUUUGGACACCAUCCCGGAACCCCUGCGAGACAGGAUGGAGAUGAUUGACGUGUCAGGCUACGUAGCAGAGGAAAAGAUGUCUAUUGCUAACAAAUACCUCAUUCCACAAGCUCAGAAACUGUGUGGCAUUACUUCUGAAAAGCUUACUCUGCAUGACACCGCCGUUGAUAGACUCAUCCGCCAAUAUUGCCGUGAAUCUGGAGUUCGUAAUCUUCAAAAGCACAUAGACAGGAUUAUGCGUAGAGCAGCUUAUAACAUUGCAAGCGGAGAGGCAGAGUCUGUAGAAGUAAAUGUUGACAAUUUGGAGUCUUUUGUUGGAAAGCCAAAAUUCAGCCACGACCGCAUGUAUCAGGAAACCCCAGCUGGUGUCGUCAUGGGUUUGGCUUGGACUGCUAUGGGGGGAUCCACUCUUUACAUUGAAACAACUGCCUGGCCACUGAAUGGAGACAAAGAGGGACGAUUUGAAACAACAGGUCAUCUUGGGGAUGUUAUGAAGGAGUCAACACGCAUUGCAUACACUUACGCUAAACACUUCCUCUCUGAAAAGUUUCCUGACAAUAAAACACUUGUCCAGUCAAAUGUUCAUUUACAUGUUCCAGAGGGAGCAACACCGAAGGACGGCCCAAGUGCAGGCGUGACCAUCAUCACUGCCCUAGUCUCCCUGGCUCAAGGCAAGCCCGUACGCCAAGACAUUGCUAUGACAGGGGAGGUUUCUCUCACAGGGAAGGUUCUUCCCGUUGGAGGAAUCAAGGAGAAGACAAUUGCGGCCAAACGCGUUGGAGUCAAGUGUGUCAUUAUGCCGGCAGAGAACAAGAAGGAUUUCAGUGACUUACCGGAAUUCAUAACAGAAGGAUUAGAAGUUCACUUUGCAGACAAUUAUGAAGAUGUAUAUAGAGUUGCUUUUGCUGAGUAAUGUUUUUUUGUUUUUUUUAUUCAUUUCUGAAUGCAUGGAAUGUGAUACUGUUCACAGUGUGAUAAAUUUGUUGUCUAAUGUUUUUUGUAUCAUGUUUUAUGAUUGUGAUCAUAAAUUGCAGGGUCGAAUGUUUUGAGUUGAUAUGUGUUAAGCAAUGGGAAAUGCAGAUUUGAAUUGUUAGCCUAUAUAAAUAUACCGUACAAUAGUAUUGUACAAGAAGGUUUAAAAUAUCCCCUGUUAUUGUUUGUGUAAAUACUGUAUAGGAAAUUGAAUUUGUCUGACUUCCAAAGAAAAGAGUUAUCCUGCAGCUGUAGCAAAAUCUUGUCAUAUUUAACCCACGUGAACAUUUGGAACGAAAGAAAAUAAGAAAUUUCAAAAGGAAAUGCAUAAAAAGGAGAACACUUAAUGUGACAUAUGCGUCACAUUUCCCAUUUCUGUGGUAGUAUGGAUGGCAAAUGUAUAUAUAUAAAUAAACCUCACAAUAGAUCCAGAUUUUUUUAAAGAAAUGGGAAGCCUACUUUUAUAUUUAAUAAAAAAGUACCAAAAUA